GUCGCCUAGUUGCCGUGGUCUAGUGACAGCUCAGUGUUUAAGGAAGAUGGAGAAAUUAUACGACAAUGUGAAAACUGCCAUACUUACUUUUAAAUUAGACUCAUGUUGCUGUUUCGCGCCAAUAAGAACUGGAGUCUUGAUGACUGGAUAUUUUAACAUAUUUAUAUCGAUGUUGUCGCUAGUGGGCACCGCGGACGGUGGUAUCACCCCGCCGCUGAUGGCCGUGCAGGAGGUGAUUCUGGAUGACGAGGGCUCCAAGGUGAUCGGAACGCUGGCUUACGGCACAGAGCUUGCCUUCAACAUGCUACUAUUGUGUGCUAUGUACCGGGUAAAUGCUUAUUUACUUCGAUAUUACUUCCUAAAAUUGGCCUUGGAUUAA